CUGGAGCGCAGAUGGAGUUCUGGAGCGCAGAUGGAGUUCUGGAGCGCAUGAUGCAGCCAUCUGCAGCAAUGAUUUCAGUUCUUCUGGAGGGCAUAACCGCUGCGUUCUGUGCUCUCACCCGUUCCACUGCCGCCUGUUCCACUGCCGCCCCUUCACACUGCCGCCCCUUCCACUGCCGCCAUUCCACUGCCGCCCAUUCCACUGCCGCCCAUUCCACUGCCGCCCAUUCCACUGCCGCCCAUUCCACUGCCGCCUCUUCCAUGCCUGCGUGCCACACCAGUGGCCAGUGGCCAUGCCUCCAUCCGCUCACUGCUUGCGCCUAACUUUCCGCCAGCCAGUGCCUGCUUCUGCUGCGCCAAGCUUCUGAACGAAUCAACUCGCCCCUCUUCUCAACGUGCCCCUCUUCUCAACGCGCCCCUCUUCUCAAUGCACCCCUCUUCUCAGCACUCGACACGCCUCGUGCUUGCAUUGCUUGCAUUGUCUCCCUCCAUCCUGCCCUCUUCACAUACUCGUCUCAACCCGACGGGUGGUCAUCGACUCCGCUCCGCCUGCAGCCGCUCUGCCUGCAGCCGCUCCGCCUGCAACUGCUCCCUCCCAACUGCACUCGUGAUACGACUCGUUCCUACCAUUACUGCCUCUUGCCUGCUUGCCUCCCGGCCUUCCUGUUCUCUUCCACGCAGCAACUCCGUGCAUCUAGCCAAGCAACCACCGUGUCUGCAACCACCGUGCCUGCUACCUGCAAUUACCUAGAAGCCCUCUCCACAUGCCCUCAGUUGCACUCGCAACCAUCAGCCGAUCUGCGCACUGCUGCCCUGCGCACUGCGCACUGCUGCCCUGCGCAUUGCGCACUGCUGCCCUGCGCACUGCACACUGCUGCCCUGCGCACUGCGCACUCGCAACUCCAUCCUCGUGUUUUCCACCUCUGCCUUCUCCCUCUCACUCUCUCUCUCUCUCUCUCUCUCUCUCCUCUCUCUCUCUCUCUCUCUCUCUCUCUCUCUCUCUCUCUCUCUCUCUCCCUUCUCUUCUUUCCAUGUCAAUUCCGGCUCCCUGCUUUCGUCCCUUCGUCUUUCGCUCGGUCAUUUUCUGGUCAUGUUCUUUCACUUUGCUCGGGCUUGCAUUUCGCUCCAACUCUGUCUCCGACGCUCUAUUCAGUCGUUGGGUGUUGUCUGGGUUCCUUCCAAGUCAUGCUUUUCUUCGUCGGUGAUUUGCUUCUUGCUUCUUUCUGCCUUUGCUUCUUGCUUCUUCCUAUCUUCCCAUCUCGUCUUGGAUUCUACUUCUCCACCUUCCUUCCUACACAUUACAAUAGCUGCCACGUGUAAGCAGCUCUGGAAUAUGUACCCUUUGCCAGAUGGCUUGCUUUCAAAACUAUGUGUUGCAAGAAGUACUUACAACGUGUGCUGGAGGGCCGGAGGGUUGCUAGGAGUGCUGCAGGGUUGCAGUCAGCGCUGGAUGGUUCCAGUGAGUGCUGGCGGGUUGCUUGAAGCGCUACAGGGUUGUGACGCUGCAGGGUUGCUAGGGU